AUGCCGUUUGGAUGUGUUACCCUGGGAGAUAAGAAGGAUUAUAACCAGCCAUCUGAGGUGACUGAUAGAUAUGACCUGGGACAGGUCAUCAAAACAGAGGAGUUCUGUGAGAUCUUCCGUGCCAAGGAGAAAACAACAGGGAAGCUAUAUACAUGCAAGAAAUUUCUGAAGAGAGAUGGGCGCAAAGUGCGGAAGGCAGCAAAGAAUGAGAUCAUCAUCCUGAAGAUGGUUAAACACCCCAACAUUCUGCAGCUGGUAGAUGUCUAUGUUACCCGGAAAGAGUACUUCCUCUUCUUGGAGCUGGCCACUGGUCGGGAGGUAUUUGACUGGAUCUUGGACCAAGGAUACUACUCUGAGCGUGAUACCAGUAAUGUCAUCAGGCAGGUGCUGGAGGCUGUGGCAUAUCUGCAUUCACUGAAGAUUGUGCAUAGGAAUCUCAAGCUAGAGAAUUUAGUGUAUUACAACCGCCUGAAGAACUCCAAGAUUGUAAUCAGCGACUUUCACCUGGCCAAGCUGGAGAAUGGGCUUAUCAAGGAACCCUGUGGAACUCCUGAGUACUUGGCUCCUGAAGUGGUAGGGCGCCAGCGAUAUGGGCGGCCCGUUGACUGCUGGGCUAUCGGUGUCAUCAUGUAUAUUCUCUUGUCAGGGAAUCCACCCUUCUAUGAGGAAAUGGAUGAGGAUGAUUAUGAGAACCAUGACAAGAACCUGUUUCGUAAGAUCUUGGCUGGUGAUUAUGAGUUUGAUCCUCCCUAUUGGGAUGACAUCUCACAGGCAGCCAAGGAUCUGGUCGCCCGUCUGAUGGAGGUGGACCAGGACCAAAGGAUUACAGCAGAGGAGGCCAUCUCACAUGAAUGGAUUUCUGGCAAUGCAGCUUCAGACAAGAACAUAAAGGAUGGAGUAUGUGCUCAGAUUGAGAAAAACUUUGCAAGGGCAAAAUGGAAGAAAGCUGUAAGAGUGACUACAAUGAUGAAGAGACUCCGGGCACCAGAGCACACAGAUGCAGCCAAGCCAGCCACAGCCACAAUAACAGAUGGUGCUACCACGACAGAGACGGCCAGCACCCUGCCGGCUAAAGCUGAAGCAGAUGGCACUGCUCCAGCAGCCAGUGAAGCAGCCCCAGCGACCACAAAGGCAGCACCGGAGCCUGCAGCAGCCAGCCCAGAAGCUACAUCAACAGCAGCUCCGGCAAGCACAGCAGAAACUCCAGCUCCAGCAUCAGCGGCACCCGCCACGUGUAACGGGGAAGAAACGGCCGCUCCCAGUGCCACCCCAGAGUCCUGGAAUGAGGAGACUGGCUGA